AUGACAUCUACUUUUUUUUUCACACGCAAUCUCAAAAGGUACGCUCCUUCUAAAGAUCAAUCUAUCUUUGGACCAAUCAGACAUUUACCCAUUCAUAUCUUGACUAUAGUUGGACUUGAGACCCAAAUAGUCACAUAUCAUAUUGAGGCUACGGAAAGUAUUGACCCAUACCUUUCUACCCCACCUAUCCCAAGUCAGAACAUAUUCGCCUCCACCGCACCCACUCAACCAGAGCAAUCCAUAGCUCCAUCUUCUACCACUUUAUCUCAUCUACCCUUAGCUCAAAGGCAAAAGAAGUUAGCCUCAGCCAAGCAAGACCCCCGCAACAAGGAAAGAACACAAGAAACAGGUGAAACCCCCAAUAAAUUUAAAGAAUCCAAGAAAGCUAAAGCUCCCAAGGGAGCAGAACCCUCUAAGAAGCAAAAAAUCCCACAGGUUGUCUCAUCAGAUGAUGACUCCGAGUCCAAUCAAUCUUCUGAUGAUUCUGAUCUCGACUCUGCUCCUAUCACCAUUCUCAAGAAAAGGAAAACCAAAUCCACUGGCCAAAUGCGUGACCGGACUGAUACCUUAGCCUCUCAAAAGGCUCCGGUAGUCAUUGGGGUCCCCGCAGACCCAUUUGCUACUACCCUAUCUAGCUACUCGAACACAACAAGUGUGCACGUUUCAUCUCAAAAUGGAGACUCUCCCCCAACUAGAUCCCAAGAGGAUCUAACUGGUUCUUCUCGCUCUAAGGGCAUUUCAAGCGAGAAAGGAUCAACAAACUAUGCAGCUUCAACAGAAGAAGCAGGAAAAUCAGACGUUGCCAAAUACUGGGCCGACACCAUAAAUAAUGCCAAUACGGUUGCAACAAUUCUAAAGGUCCAGAACUGGAUGGGCGAAAUGGCUGAGAUCAUCCACAAAGCUCAGUCCAAUCCAGAUGGUGUAGGUUCAUCCAGAACUCCUCCAACAACUGCUGAUAAUAACUCUCAAGAAGAUGGAACCGCAAUUGAAGUCAGUUCUGCACCAACCUUUGGCUUCGAUGACUUCGACAUGAAUGAGGUCAAUCAACCAGAACAGUCAGACGAUGUCAUGAUGAUUUUCGAUGAAGAAGAAGAGUCAAGCGGAUCUCAGUAUUCCACUUCUAAGCCCAAGGAGAAGAAGAAGAAAAAGAAGCAAGCUGUUUCCAGAAAGGAAUUCAUGUCUCUAUAA